ACAGCGUUGUUUCAGUUGUUUCCCAGUCGUCAACUAAGGAAGACACGUCUCCAAAGAAUUAGGAAUUUUGCAAUUUUUUCUUCUUGUGAUUUUCUUGUGCGGUUGAAGAUUGAAAUUGUUCUUCAAUUUUGUUUUAAUUUUGUGUUAAUUAAAAAUUCAAAUAAAUGGAUUUUAAUUGAGUAAAGUGAGAGUGAUUGUGUGUCUUUAAAUGAUAAAUUUUUGGACAUUUUUUGUGGAUUGAAUUCACUUUUUUAAUUUCUCCUUUUGUGCCAUCUUGUCUUGCACACCAAAUUGAAGGGAAAAAUGCCUCAAAAUCAUCAAGGACAUAAAAAGAAGAAACACCAUAAGCACCAUCAUCAUGACAAAAAUAACAAUAAUGCCAGCACUUCGGGAGAUUCAGGAACAGAAGUCUCGUCAAUUGGUUCCUGGGAGAGUUCCUGUGACUCCGACAAGAGGAAUAACAAUGCAAAUCUCCCCUAUAGCAUUGGCUUCUCGCCGGUGAUGGGACGCUACUUGGUGGCUGCUCGUGAUCUCAAACCAGGUGACAUAAUAAUCCAGGACAGAACACUCACAAUUGGUCCAUCAGUUGAUGGUGGAAUGGUGUGUCUUGGAUGCUACAUUCCACUACCCAUGCGUUCACCAAAAUGCCUGGGUUGCGGAUGGCCAAUGUGCUCAACCAAGUGCCCCGGGUAUCGAGAGAAAUUCGGCCAUGGUAGCACAGAGUGUUCCCUUCUUCGGGAGAAAAGACUCGCUGAUACACUCGAGAAGUUUCACGGGCAAAAUGAGAUGAAACAAAUCUACGAAUGUAUCCUCCCGCUGAGAUGCCUCCUGUUGAGAGAUUCAGAUCCCAAACGAUGGGCUAUUCUCAUGGAUAUGGAGAGCCACAAUGCAGUCAGGAGGAAACUGCCGAUUCUUUGGAAUAGAAAUCAAGAAGUGAUUGUGGAUCGAAUAAGAAAUUCCUGGGGUAUGAAGCAAUUCACCGAGGAGGAAAUUCACACCGUAUGCGGAAUUAUUGAGGUUAAUUGCUUCGAAGUGGGGCACAAUGAAUCACGCGCUAGGGCGCUCUAUCCAUCGGCUUUUCUUCUGGCACACGAUUGCCGCCCAAAUACAACGCACACAGAUCAUCCGGUUACGCAUGAGCUACACAUUAGAGCUACAACCCCUAUAGCCAAGGGAGAAACAAUAACGCUAACGUACGCCUACACACUACAGGGUACGCUAAAGAGACGCGAACAUCUGCAGGAAGGAAAGUUCUUCUGGUGUUGCUGCCAACGUUGCACAGAUCCUACGGAAUUUGGAACCUACUCCAGUGCACUGGCGUGUCCUAAAUGUACAAAAGGGAUCAUCAUAGCCACGGAACCGCUCAAUCAAACAGCCGAUUGGAAAUGUCGGGACUGCAGCUACGUAGUCAGUGCAAAAUCAAUGAGCAUCCUUGUGGAUAGGAUAUUUGACGAACUUGAAGCCACCGAUGUUAACAGCAUUGAGAAUCUAGAGGAGUUCUUGGAAAAAUAUCGAAAUGUUCUGCAUCCCAAUCACUACCUUAGUAUCUCAGCUAAGUACUCCCUGUGUCAGUUAUAUGGCAAAUUUGAAGGAUACCUCAUUCGUGAUCUCUCCGCUAAGGAACUCAGGACAAAGGAGACCUACUGCCGCGAUGUACUUCGUGUGGUAGAUCACCUAGAACCGGGAAUGUCACGCCUGCGUGGCGUUAUAAUGUACGAACUUCAUGCUCCACUUAUGAUUCAAGCUACGCGCCAGUAUGAGAAUAAGGAAAUUAAUGCUGAAGAAUUAAGGAAGAGACUAAUGGAGGUCUAUCAUCUACUCAAAGACAGCGAGGCUAUUCUCGUAAUUGAACCCGAAGGAUCACAAGAGCAGACAAUGGCGUGGGCAGCAAAGUUUGCCCUCCAGAGACUCAAAAAAUCUCUAAUGAAAAUUAAUAAAUGAUUCUUCUCACGUUUUUAUUUGCUAAUUUUCAUGCACAUUUUUAUUAGUUUUUAAUUAAAAUUAAGAAUAUUGAUUUAAAAAUAAAGGAAAAAAACCGUCGGCUGUAAUAGCGAGAUACAACCGACGAAAAGUAUUUUCCUUUUGGGAAAAUAUUACAAAUAAUCACUGAUAAAAAGUUUCAAAAAUAUCCCUGAAUAAAAGUUUAUAUCCUUAAUUCUUAAGGAGUUUAUUAAUAUACAUGUAAAACCUAUAUGUUUGCUGUAUAUAUAUAUUUUUAUUGAAUAAUAAGACAAUUGAAUUUUUGUAAAGUUCUGAAAUAAAAGACUCUUUAAAAAUGCUACAAAA